CUGUAUCUCACUCUCUCAUCACUGCAUCACUUUGCCAAAACCCUGUAUUAAAGAUCUCCUUUCGGGCGCUCGUGCUCUUGUUUUCCUCUGAAAAGCACUCUUAUCUCAGAGUGGUAACGAAUCAAGAGCAGCAGUAGCAGCAUGAACCGGUCCGCGCGUCAGGAGAGCCGGCAGCCGCACAGCCUGGCUGCAACGGAACGCGGGGUGGGGGCCGGGACCACGGACAGCGGCGCAGGGUCGGGCCCCUCGCACUACAAAACAACCCGUAGCAAGCGACACCUGGAGGGGGUCCUGAAGAAAUACACCAACCUGCUCCAGAGCUGGCAGAGCAGAUACUUUGUACUGGACCCAGAGGUUGGUCAGCUCCAGUAUUAUUUGAAUGAACUCAGUAAAAGCCAACGACCUCCCCGAGGGUCUCUUCCUCUCCUUGGGGCAAUGGUGGUUUCGAGUGAUGAGUUUCCCUACAUGUUUACAGUUCAGUCCACUACUGGGGAUUCUUACAAACUUAGAGGCUUUGUGUCAGGCUUUGUGUGA